AUGGGAUUAGUUAUGCAUCAAAGGAAAUAUGCACUCCAAUUAGUUUUAGAAGUAGGAUUAUCAUGUGCUAAGCCAGCUGGAACUCCUAUUGAUGUAAAUAUGAAGCUCACAUCUAAAAAGUAUGAUGAACAAACAGGACAGAAUCAUGAAGAUCAGUUGAAGUCAAAAAAGUCUCAUAUGGAUGCUGCACUGAGAAUUGUCAAAUAUAUAAAGAGACAUCCAGACCAAGGUAUACUACUAUCCAACAGUUCAAACAAUGAUAUGUCUGCAUAUUGUGAUGCUGAAUGGGCAACAUGCCCUAUAACAAGUAAAUCAGUAACUGGUUAUAUGAUUAAGAUGGGGAAAUCUAUUAUGUCUUGGAAGGAAAAGAAACGGACAACAAUCUCAAGAAGCUCAGCUGAGGCUGAGUACUGA